AUAAGGUAUAUGCUGUAUCACAGCUACCUUCCAUAGCUUUGAAUCCGGGUACCUGCGCUUAGCCAUGGCGGCUGACGGCCUCAUGUGCGAGGGCGACCACCUGGUCUUGGAUGUCAACGGCGAGAAGCUGACAUUUGUCCAGAAGCUCAAAGCCAACGGCACUAUCCGCGUUGGAAAGUAUAACGUACCCGCUGCUCCGCUGGUUGGCGCCCCAUAUGGAGCCCUUUUCGAGGUCUCAUCUGAUGGCAGGAGCCUGCAGCGCGUGCUCUUGCCCCCGCCUGACGAGAUCACGCGCAUCACCGAGACCGAACGCGAUAACAGCAACCUGUUUGACCGCAACAAUGAGAACCAGAAGCUCACGCAGGAACAAAUCGAGGAGCUGAAGAAGUCGGGCAAGGCUGGUUCAGAGAUCAUCGAGGCCCUUUGCAGCAACAGCGCCACAUUCCAGAACAAGACUGAGUUUGCGCAGGACAAGUACAAGCGGAGGAAGGCCAAGAAGUACCUCACCUACCUCACAGUGCGCAAACCCACCGCGAGAAUCGUCUGCGAGGCCUUUUACGACAAGUGCCCCGAGCGCGUGUGGCACCUGCGGCACGACACGCUGGCGGUGAUGCUCAACCUGGCCAACGUGGCGGCGGGGGCCAAGGUCCUCGUCGUGGAGCACUGCAUGGGGGUGGUUACUGCUGCGGCGGUGGAGCGGUUGGGCGGCAUGGGUGCCGUGUGUGCCGUACAACUGGACGAGCGACCGGCCCCCCUGGACGCUGUACGGCAGAUGAAUCUGGAUACGCAGCAGCGCUCCGUGCUCUUCACCGCACUGGCCUCCAGCCUGCUGAGGGACAAGGAGGGGGCGGCUGCUCGUGCGCAACAACUGCCCGACAGCACCGCAGCUCCAGCAGCAGCUGCACCAGCAGCACCAGUCGCGGGUGGGGAGGAGGCGCCGGCAGCCUCCGAGGCCAUGGAGGUGGACCCCCCUGCUGCCCCGGCUGAGCCUGCAGCAGCAGCACAGGCAGGGGAGGAAGGGACGACGCAGGGGCAGUCUGGGGAAGGUCCCAGUGGCGGGGCGGAGGCGGCGGCAGCGCAGGACGGACCGUCCACAUCGGCAGC